GACCUACCAGUGAUACCGGCCAAAGCUACUUCUCACGCUGCGACCACAUGUGUCAGUGGCCUUUGCAAGAAUAUGUCCAACAUCGAGGAUAUUUGGUUCGUUUCUACCACCGAUGGCCAAUAUAAAACCAUUACACCGACAUGGGAAUUCCAAAGUCUCGGAUGGAGUACAUCAGAGGGUGCCUCCCAGUUGCUAGACGAGUACUUCUCGUAUGCUUCCUCAGGGUUCUUCGCGUCCAAAACGAUAAAAUCCAAUGCGGCAGUGAUUCCCGUACUACGUCACUUCAGACAAGAGGAUGACGUGGAUGCACAGCACAUAAAGGAAAAUGCCACGCAAUUGAGGCUAGGACGGCUGAGGAUAAUCAUGGGCUUCCUCAAUCAACAUACUUCCGAGAAGUCGUGGUUGGGUGCCGAGUCGCCUGAGGAAUACUCCGAACAUAUACCACGACUUUUCGUCCGAGACGAUGCAACCGCCGAAGAUCAAAUAAGUGGCUUGCUCAGUCUUGUCUAUUCUGGAGCACCGUCUCAGCAGUUAGCUCGGGAGCUAGCUUCUGAACGGCUUGUUGGAGAAAUGAUUCGCAAGAUCUUCGGCCCACACUGUCCAUAUUGGACUUCCGUUCCACAACUAGUUGAUAGUGACAUGACUGCUCGUCAUGGCUGCCUGCCUCUAGUAUUUUUUCUCCUCGGUGACCCUGAUAUGUCCGGUGAUGCCGUCAUGACCGCACGCCAGCGCAUGGCUGGAGCACUGCAUCGAACGCUGACCUUCCUCGUAUUGGAACAUCACAAGGGGCAAGGUUGGAGACUCGACCGGGAGCUCACGGAAUCGGAUUACUCCGUGCAAUUGAACGAGAGCUUUUUCGUCUUCAGCGUCCUCUACAGCAGACAGUUUUUCAGAGUCGACGUCAACUUUCCGGUCAUUCACAAAUCGGCAUCUACACAGCGGUACGAAUGGAGGUUUAUCAAUGCGGCGGUCAUGGAAAGGAAAUGCAAAGCGCCUCUGGACGCGGAUAGUCGGUUAGCCGUUCUUCAGGCACUGCUGUUUAUCGAGCAGCAUAUCUGCUUGCUCAAAGAAGAGCUCAGGGUUGCAAUGUAA